AGCUCCUCGGAGUGUCACUAUUUCAAAGAGUCACAAGAGGCAUCAAAUUAAAAGUAGCUUAGGAGUUUCUUGGCAGUUCAGACUAUAGCGACCUGCAUCCGUAAAGCAAGUAUGGGAUCCUCUUAGGCGGAGUUUGCUAGUGGGAUGAAAAGUUUCUGACGUUCUUCAUGCAUGCAAAAACAACAAAGCCGGGAGGAAUGAUAUAAGCAAAUGGAGAGAUGAAUGGACAAGGGGGUACUGUGAGAGGAUUAGGCGGUUACAACAAAUGUUGACUUUCGAUUCGAUUAAGGAAAGGAAAAAGGGAAAGACGUUUUUUCAGAUUAGCACACACACACCGUAUGAAAAUGAGAAGACUGAGUCACACAGAAUAGGGGUUUAACUCCAUCGUCCACGAAAAUGGCUGAAAAUAUAAAAGUAAAGAAGAGCAUCGAUGCGCUUACCUUAAGGUGGAAUUAAAUGCCGGCCUAUACCAAUUACACACUUAAAAUUCAUUUCAAUGGAUGUGGGGCCUCUCUGAGCCCUGCCACCCGAUUGAAGGGGAUCACAUUUCCAUGCCGAGCCCACGGACCUAGGAAAUUGAAACAAAAACAACAUGAACAGAAUUAUUCUGGGGGAGGGAGUUUAUUGAUUAAAACCGAUGGACAACUGAGGGGGCUAAGAAAGUCCUUUGCAAAGAGGAGUGGGAGGUAGCCUUUGCAACUCCACUGAAAACUGUGAGCAAUUUUCAUUAUCUAGUUCGACAAUUUUCGACGUAAACUCUUUAAAACUCGGUUAUCGUGUUAUUUGGAAAUACCAUGCGUUUCAAGCAAUGCUAGUAUUUCCUUUAAAAAUUCAAUAUUUGUUUGUUCGUUGUCUGUGAAAGCGACGUGUAACCACAAUAGUCUAAUUGAGAGAUAAUUGUCAAAUAAAUUAUUGACUGGCGUUAAGCUACGAGUAGAUGAAAUUACAGACACGAAAUCCAAAUUUUCCAGUGGAGGUAACUUUCAAUAAUACGUUCUGUAAUAGGCGAUAAUAACUAUAACAGGCCAACUAAGACUUUCCCUUAAUAUUUACAACAUUCGAUUCGGGAGCGAUGUUUAGUUCAAAAGGGAAAUUAAUAUCGCGGUAGUGAAAGUAACCUGGGACUGGAAUUGCGUUGAUUUGCAAACAAUGGGGCAAGUGGACACUUCCAAAGCAUUGGAUUUCGUUUGGUUGGGCUGGAUGCUGAUGGGUGUAUACCCCAUUCAGAGCUAUAAGAUUUGGCAUACCUGCCAUCUAAUCCUUGCGGUUUCUGCAACGAACAUCUAUUCAUUGAUCGUGUUUAUAACGCAGUUGUUCUAUGUGAAGGAUUUGAAGUAUCUUCUAGAUAAUCUGCCGAUGAACGUUUUGAUAAUAGUAACAACCUUAAAAUUUUUAACCGUUUUCUUAACGCGUCAUGAGAUUCUUGGCAUCAAGGACUCGUUAUCAAAGCUAGACAAACGUCCGCUAAAAAGAAGCCAGGCCGAGAACUUGGCUAAUCUAAUUAAAUUUUGUAACCGACUUUUCAUAUUUGGAUUCAUUUGUUACGAAGCUGUUGAUGUCAUGGCUGCGGUGAAUGCCGGGUUCUCUAAUCGACAGCAUUUGCUCUUUGAAAUUUGGUUGCCAUAUGACUGGCAAGCUACUGCCACGAGGUACUGGCUUACUUUCCUCUAUCAAUUCAUCACUCAAUCUGCCCUGGCCCUGCAAAGCGUCUCAAGUGAUUUUAGCGGCCCGAUCUAUUUGAUGAUUCUCACAGCGCAUUUGGAGAAUGUUAUGGCUCGCGUUGAAAGCUUGAAAUAUGACCCUCGAAAAGAAGAACGUGAAAAUGUUAAGGAGCUUAUCCAAUGCAUAGAGGAUCAUCGCGUCGUUUUAAACAUAUUUGACGUCCUACAAGGAACAGUAUCACACAUCAUUUUGUGUCAAUUUGUGGCGACCGCGUUGGUCCUCGUUAUGAUUGCCUUGAAUUACUUACUAUUCUCGCCUAAUUUCACGGAAGUAAUAGCUCUUGCGUUCUUUGUGGUAGCAGAGAUAUCACAGAUACUUCCUUGUUGCUACUAUUCAAAUAAAUUCCAAUCGACGACGGAUGAUAUAGUCACAUCAAUCUAUUCAUGCGAUUGGUACAAUCAGACAACGGAAUUCAAGAAAACUCUGAUAAUUUUCAUGCAAAUGACUCAGAGGGGAAAGGUGAUUGUAGCGGGCAAAGUUAUCCCAGUUACAAUGGCUACUUUCACUUCAAUUAUAAAACUGUCCUAUUCCCUUCUAACAGUUGCACAGCGAAUUCGUCAUUAAGGGGAGACACAACACGAGUGUAAGCAUUCAUUACUUAAGCACACUUUGCAGAAAAGAGGACUGAAUUUGGAUUCCCAAAAGAGCGUCACCUUGCAAUGAAAUUUAUUACAGAACUAUUAUAAAAUCCAUGUGUUAUGUACUCUUACGUGCACUUCAUUAAAUGUGUGAUUCUUUCUCGACUAUUGCACGUAUGUAUGCAUAUGAUGACAUAUUUUGCUGCGAUGUGGAAGGCAGUUUAUAAGGAAAUAAAUCCUGCACCCUGCAAUCUCUUCAGUUUUUUUAUUCAACAUUUCCUGAAAUCAUUUGUCAAAAAGAUAAUAUUUACAGUCAGCAGGGCCGUCCGUCGGUAGGUCACUACCACUGACAGUGAUAGCGCCUGUUUCAUUGGGAUCGGUCGUCAAAAAUUUUGUUUUAUUGAGAUCCAUGAUCUGCGGUCGUGUUACAUGUGAAGAAGUUUAGAUCGUUUGCUCUGAGACACUAGGAAAACAUCAUCUGCAUAAAGCAGUGUAUAGGGCGCAGGACUUUGGAUGCCCAGCGUGGCAAUGUCCACAACAAGAACAAAGAGGAAUGGCGAGAGGGUUAUUUCUUAAUGACCAUCAGCCGAGACAAGAGGCGAUUUUGAUAUAUUUGCCACACUUCGAACUUUACUCUUCGGAUCCCGGUAGAGCAAUUUAACUCAAACGCCAAAUGCUUGCGCUUGUUCAAGAAAUGUAAUGUAGAGACGGUGAUUAUUAUAAUUAUUAUUAUUUUGUUAAGGGAAGUUGCAUUGCCUCCUAGAAGCACUAUUGUGUUGCUCCUUUUACUGGUUACAGUUUAGUCGGCAGGGCCAGUGAGUAUUCCUACUAUAAUUCGGAGACUCUUCUUUGUGAGGUUUAAAUAGUCCUUUGAGUGCUUGGAUUCAUAUCCCCGCACCAGCUACCUAGACUGUUCCAUUCCUGGUAAGUUCGCCUAGUAUACUUCCCUCAGUCGUUCCUCUUCAUUCUUCAAUAUCGUAGUCACGACACCGUUACCAAUUCCACACAAAGGUUCUGGUCCAUAUAGAGGUGUCCGCUGUCUCUUUGCGUUUUAACCCAACAUGGCCUGCUCCAGAGUAUCCAGACCUUAUUGUGCGAACCGAGUGUGUUUAGUCUCUCAACGCAUUCUUCUACCAGGUUGGAGUUCACCUGAUUGGACUUAAGUGCCUUGUUCGCCGCCUGACUGCCGGUCAGAAUAGCAAUGUUCUGUCCACUAUAGUUUCUUUGGGGGUUGAAGGAGGUAAAUUUUUCUAUGACGUAUAUUUCUACCUGCAGCAUAUUAGUGCUUAUCCAUUGGUUCAAAGUACGUUUUUCUUGGACAAAUGACGCCGGCGCCCGCUUCCUCUGCUAUAAAGGAUUCGUCAGUGUACCAGGUAAGCAAUUGCUGGUUUAAGCUGUAUACCACAGGCGCGCUCUCCCCUUCUUAUCCAAGUGAAAUCUCGUUAUCAUGUUACCCCUUAGUAUUAGUAAGUCGAUGGACCGCCUAGAAAGAAUAUAGAUUUUCCUUCAAUUUAGGCAGCUCCCCGCCUCACUGAUACUACCGGCCAUUUGGAAGAUCACUCCCCUUGCAUGCAUAUGUAUGCGAAGAGGGAGAUGAGUUAAUCCUGAUAAUCACGCAAGGCAGUCUUCAACGGUUGUGUAACUCCCUGGUUGUUGUGCUGAGUUCAGUUCUUUCUGGCCAGAUUAACGCCCGAUAGGUAAUCACAGGCCUUACCAUUGCAGUGUAUGUCCACAGUAUCUUCGGAGUGCAACCCCAUUUUUCCCUGUUAUGCACCUCCAUGUCAUCAGCGCCUUUGUAGAUUUCCGACACGUGUUUUUAACUUGCGUCUUCUUCUACUUCUUUUGGACUAGUGUAAUUCCCAAAUAUUCGACCUCCGUUUCUUGUUUCACCUCGAUGCCAUGCAGCCUAAUGACUCUCAGUGAAUUAUACUAUGGCGGCUUCUGCCUUCCUGCAUCAGGUACUCGUAAUUCUCAAUUAAAUUUGGAUUCUAUCACAUGGGGUAUCCUCAUAUUUGCCCCUAUAGAUUAAAACAAUGUCGUCAGGGUAAUCCUCGUGUUCCAGCUUUUUGUUUGGGGAUUGACGAGUCCUAAGUCUGAUUCACUUGAUGACGGGCCGGACUACUUGCGACCAAGAUUUAGUCGAAAACGAAGAGUCCGCGUACUAAGGAGCGUGGGAGUAACUUGCUUUCCAUUUGGUCCCGACCGACUUUAAGUGGAUGCGGACUUAUAGCUCCUCCAUCCCUAAACAAAAAAUUUUCCAGCAAGGUCAAGCUUUAGUCUGAAGUGUGGGCUGAUUUACGUUCGAUGUGAUUCGCACCCAUGUUGUGUUUUGCGAAUUUUAAAAAGGAUCGUAUAACACCUGAGAACCGGUCACAUUGCUCCCAGGGUAGAAUUGCUUUAAUGAAUUGAAUGUUAGUUAUAAUAUAGUUGUCUUAGUGGUAAUACCUCUUUUGUAAGUUUUCGGUUUUUCUUUUUUCGCUUUCUGUUCGUUGUUGGGGUGUCAGGCAAAUUGUUGUCGCCUUCUGUCUUGGGGUAGGACACCGGGAAAUGAGUUCGGAGAAGCCUGAUUUUUGGUAAAUGUCUCAUCCUCCUUCUUCAGUCAGACAGAAAAUACUGACCUGCGUUUGGCUAUAGCUUUGUAUCGUCUGGUUGCUUCUGUGGUUUGUUCCAUUCGUUCCCAGAAUUGCCUGCAGAUGUUUUAUUUUCGCUUUCGCGUUGCUAUAUGCAGUACGUUUUUGUGCCUCAGUCAGUUUCUGGUUUGUUUUGCCCGGUUGAAGAAUUUUUGGGCCUCUGCUCUCAUUCUGUAGAUUAUAGAUAAACCAUGUUCUUGUCCAGGUGCCUUUUAUAGGAGUCGCAGUGUGUUAUCCUGGGAUCUGAUUAUUCAGUGAUCCGACAUACACCUACACUAAUCAACAGCUCGUUCAUCAGAGUAUUCCUUAGAGCCAUGUAGUGCCAAGUACCUGUUUUCUAGUGCUGGCCACGAAUGUUGGAAUGUUCCCCAUAUUAUAUAUUCCUAACUUAUUGUUAAGAAUAAGUUCAAGGAGGUAAUCACCUCUUAGAUUGUGUGUGACAGUGACUUGCUCCAGUGAGAUCCGGAUGUCGUUUCUUGGGAGGUAGUCCGAUGCCAUAUUGUCUCCUGAGUUUUCCCCCGGCUUUCAAUGAAACUUGGACAGCUACAAGUAGUCCAGUUAGGAAUUCUGAAAGGUAUAUAUAUUUUAAAUUACGUUUAAGAAUGAUACAAGCUUUUGGUUUUCGCAAGAAAUGUCCUAAAUUAGCUGCAUACUUCCUCCUUGCAGGCCGCGAAUCUACUCCCGGUAUACUCAGGGUCCUUAAGCCAGCACUCUUCCAAUGCUGCCCUUGGAGUUGACAUUGCAAUCACUGCAGAUGCCGCUCUUGCGUGGUGGAGCUUUACCUGGGCUAUCUUAGUGCUGGCCAUUGGCUCUGUUGGCGCUUGGAACUCUUUUCCACUGUCGAGGUAUCACCUUUUUCUUUAGACAUGGCGCUUUCUUGCAUGUCGCUCUCCACCUUGAGUCCGUGAAAAUCCAGAUGUAGAUGGGCCAGGCUCUCGUCUUCACUGGGCAUCAGGUUUAUUGCCCUGCUUGAUCCUGUCCUUUCAGUCUCUGUGGCCUCCGAGGUCCGUUUGGGGACUUCGGUAGGUUCUCAACCCGACAUCUCCUCCGUAUCUUUUUUUCAGAUUCUCUAUGUGCAUAUGUAGAGAUAUGUUGCCAAAUCUUUAGUUGAUAUGGCAAUUUUGUCGUUUAAUUGCCUCCAAGGAUCAGUCAUCUAGCCCGAUCGGCUCUACUGCCUCGUUGAAGAUAUACUUUUCCGAAUCUGCAGUCUCCUCUGUAGUGGCGUGAACGUUAAUGAGGCUUAUAUUUCUAAAUUUGCCUUGUAAGGGCAGAAUGCCUAGCCGUUCGUUUAUUUUUUCAAAGCCGAAAACAGCAGGUUUCAUUUUUUAACUGACUAAGA